UUGAUGUAUCACCAACUCCCUGAUGGAGCUCAUUGCCACCCAUCAAAGCCCCAUGGGGAGACGUGGGCAUCCCAAAGCCACCCCUCAGGGCCCACUUUAUUAUUUCACACCCUUUGUCUUUUCUCUACCAAAUAUCCAGCACACAGCUAGACAGAAACAUAACGCGAUGGGGCAGCAGAUGGCUGAUGGGCCGGGCCCCAAGGCUUCUGAAGACGGGGAUCCAUCAGGCUGCCGGCCUGCAUCCAUCCUGCAGGUCCUUCUGCUGGCAGCACCGGCCGACACAGCAGGUGAAGCUGCUGCAACAGGAACAGCCCAGUGCGCCAUCUGCUUGGAGGCGGUGGAGGGAUGCCCCAGCUACAACACCCUCAUCUGUCCCUCCUGCACCAGCGCGCAGUUCCACCGCCACUGCAUCCAGGGCCAAGCUCUGCGCGCUGCCCUGCACCACUUCCGCUGCCCGCUCUGCCAGGACAUGCAGGCCUUCCAGGCAGAGAUGUUUCGCCUCGGAAUCAAAAUCCCAGACAGGGAUGCAGCCUGGGAGGUGGAAGAGGGCGCCUUCCACGACCUGUACCAGCGGCACAGCUCCUGUGACACCAGCCUGUGCCUGUGCCCGAUAGGAUGGGACUAUUCCGAGAACACGGGGCCCUGGAGGAUGCUGCUCUGCAGCUCCUGCGGUUCCUGCGGCACCCACCAGCACUGCUCUGCCAUCGCAGAGGACGCUGAAUCGUGGGAGUGCAGCGGCUGCAGUGGUGAGGGCACCGGUAAGAAAAGCAGCACGGGGACGUGGUCCCCAUAGACACGUGGCCCUAUGUCCUCGGGAGAUGUCCUCCCCGUUGGAGCCACGACGGGCACAGAGAUGUGCACUGCGCUCAUCUCCGCGCACCUUACAGCCCCUUCAGUGUCAGCCGCGGCGCAGUGAUCCCCGCACAGCACCCAGCUCCGGGCACCACGGCUGCAGCACAAGGAGCUGCGACGCUCCUUGGGCACCCCGACGCUCAGCUGCCUGCACAGCCCACGGAAGCCCCUCAGCCACUCCACCUUGCCAGCCUCUGAACAACAACAGCCUUGCUGGUUGAAACACCGCAAGAGACUUUGCUGACGUGCCGGAGCACUGCAGGGCACAACAUCAACGCUGCCACGACUCUCCUGCCUGCACUUCCCUGCUGUGCUGCUGCUUGCUCUACCAGAGUGAGUGACAGGAGCCCAGCCAAGAUGUCAUGGACCAUCAGCAUGGAAGAUGACACAGGCUAUUGCAUGGAACUGAGACAAAGGCUUUUGAUAGUCCAAGUCAUUUAUCUUGGCAUCAAAACUCCUGACUUCUUACUGGACUGCUGCAUCUGAUUGUGACUGCUGCCCAGAGAGGCUGUGGAUGCCCCACCCCUGGAGGCAUUCAAAACCAGCUUGGAUGGAGCCCUGGGCAACCUGGACUG